AUAGCGGUCCUUGGAGAGUCUCCGGGGCGACACCGACGCAAGGUCCACAAGUUACCGGAAACAAAACACAUCGUCGACAGAAGACAAACAUGGAGGCGGCGGUGUUCAUUCUGUCACUAGUGGACUGUUGUGCACUGAUUUUCUUAUCGGUGUACUUUAUUAUCACCCUGUCUGAUCUAGAAUGUGACUACAUCAAUGCCAGAGCCUGCUGUUCCAAACUGAACAAAUGGGUGAUUCCAGAAAUGGUCGGCCAGUUUCUUUCCACAAUGAUAAUGUUGGUCUCCAUGCACUGGUUCAUUUUCCUCCUUAACCUGCCUGUAGCCGUCUGGGACAUUUACAGGUACGCAAAGGUUCCAAUGGGAAACAUGGGUGUGUUUGACCCAACUGAGAUCCAUAACCGUGGUCAGCUGAAAACGCACAUGAAGGAGGCCAUGAUCAAACUAGGCUACCACCUGCUCUGCUUCUUCAUUUAUUUAUAUAGCAUGAUCCUGGCUCUGAUCAACGACUAAAGCACUCAGAAUCCUUCCUGACCCCAGUGGCCAAAUUAUAAACUCCAGUAUUUGCUGAUCCUUCCCUGCACCUGCUCCUGUACUGUAUGCAUCAAAGAGUUACACUCCACUGUGGAGUUUAGCUCCACAAAGAAGUUAAAUUCCACUGUGGUCUUUCUAAGAUUUGUGCUGUUUUGUCAAAAUUCAGAUUUUUAUACUAAGAUUAAUGUUUUACCAUUCAACACUUCAGUAGCACCAUGACAGCAACAUGAUGCAAAGUGUUGCAUGUGAGCUUGCGAUCCUUAUUUUGUAGCGUGGCCUCCAUGUUUCUGCUCUUUACCUGAUCAAGGAUAAAAGUGUUGCCUCUAUGAUCACUUGUUGAUACUUCCAACAGUACAAUCUUGCCUGCUUUUCUAACUAGACAUUCCAGAUUGUAUUUCAUUGCAAGACAUAAACUGCCUUUUCCCCAAACACACAAAAAUAAAUAUUCAGCAGUUUUACACUAGAUCAAGAAAGCUUCUUUCAGCAGGACAAGACAGCAUUAGCAAGAGUACAAGUAAAUAAACAAAUACUCAACAUGGCAUGUUGAACCCAGAGGCUGCUGUUGAUUUGUCCUUUUCAUCCUUCACUCCAAGAAAGAUUUAAUGUCGUCCUGUUAGACAUAAUGCUGUAGGUGACAACGUGAAAGUUACUAUCAAUUAAUCAUUUUUAUGGAUAGAGCACCAUUUAAGAAAAUAUUAAAUCCAAGAGACUUAGAACAAAGACGUAGGAACUGUGGAGGGAGCCCUCGCUCAGAUGGGUGUUCAGCAGAGGUGGCGCAAGCCUUAGCAAAUUACUCUUAUUGCUUGUUGCUGUACAUUUAUCAAUGCUUAUGUGACAUAUCUGUAAAAGUCUUUUUCAAACCUUUGAGGUUUGUGAUGGCACUGAAGCCUAAUGGAAACAGUUACUGUGACAACUCUGAGACGUUUGAUGCAGACUUCUAGCGUCACACAGUGUCUGAUCACCAAUAACAGCUUAGUAUACACGCACACACAAACAGUGAUAUCAGUCCCAUUUGUGUGUAUUUGUUCAUCAAACACAUCAUAGGCAGAGUGAACAAGACUAAACUGAAUGUCAAACAGCUGGGUAAAUGUGUAUUAUUACUAUGAGCAGUAGUGAGAUUUGGAGGGUAGCCUUGAGCACAAAUGUCUCAUCUCGUCUCAUCACUGGGAGAACGGCGUGUUUCCAUGUGGGUUGUUGGUUGUGGCCAUGUCAGCAGGUGUUGGGUGAAUUUGUAGGACUGAUUAGUUCAUACAUUAUGCAACAUUGUAUUAUGCAGUGAAAGGUUUAAGAGGGAAAGAGGUUCUUUCAUAAAUAAAUAUCAAAGAUAG